GACCCAGCCCAUAGACUUGUGUCCUCUAUAGUGGACAUUUAGUUAAUGUGAAUAAUUCUUUAUUUUUUUGAGCUACUCUAUGAAUACCCGUUGUCUUCUAAAGAGGACAUCCUGGGCUUUCCAUUGAUAUACAACAUCAUUGGUUUGGUGGCAGGGAACCACCGCUUUCUUCCUCUUCAAAAUGGCUGCCAUAGGCACAGCCACAUUUUAUGGAAAGAGGAAAGAUUCACACCUGUGCUACCAGUGCCUCCUGAAUAUCAAGACGAUCCAAGACAGCGUGCUGAUUGGAGCCCAUUCCAGUACUUUUCUCAGUAUAUCGAUCACAAAACCUUUGUAGAUUUGGCACAGUUCACUAACCAAAGAGAGCUACAAUCCAGAGGAGUGUCCCUCAAUACCACUCCACAAGAAAUUAAAACCUUCUUUGGGAUGUCAGUUCAUAUGGCCUGCCUUGGCUAUCCCAGAAUCAAGAUGUUUUGGGCCAAAAAAACGAAAGUGCCCAUAAUAAGCCAAAAAAUUACAAGGGAUCGGUUCUUCAAGCUUAGAGGCUCCUUAAAGCUUGUUGAUGACCUGGCAGUAAACGAGGAAAUGAAAAAGGAAGACAUUCUGUGGAAAGUCAGGCCUUUACUUGAACGUGUGAGGCAAGGAUGUCUCAGCCUUCCAAGACCGCAGAUUGUCUGCAUUGAUGAACAGAUCAUCCCGUUCACUGGUCGGUGCCCAGUAAGGCAAUUCGUUCCAGGUAAACCUAACCCUACUGGGUUGAAAGUGUUCGUCCUUGCAUCUCCGAAUGGCCUGAUGCUUGACUUCGAAGUGUUUCAGGGCAAGAACACAUUCCAAAACCAAGCACAGGGCGUAGGGUCUGCGUCAGUGCUGCGCAUGGCUGAGACCGUUCCACCAGGGAGCCACUUGUACUUUGACCGGUACUUUACAACGAUCAAGCUCCUUGAUACUUUGCUGAAAAAGAGCCUUCCAGCUACAGGGACCAUAAUGAUGAACCGAGUGCCCAAAGAGUGCAAGUUUCCAGGAGACAGUGUGAUGAAGAAACAGGGAAGAGGAACAAUGGUGUCAUUGGUCAGGAAGAAUCCUGAGUUGUCUGUCACAAAAUGGUUCGACAACAAAGCCGUAACCAUGGCGUCCACAAUCCACGGAAGAGAGCCUGAGGAUAUCUGCACCAGAUGGUGCAAAAAAGAAAAAAAACAUGUUCAGGUGAAAAGACCAGCAGUGAUCAAGCAGUACAACGACAACAUGGGUGGUGUAGACCUAUGUGACCGCAUGCUGAGCUUUUACCGCAUGUCCAACAGGACCAAGAAGUGGACAACGCGUGUGAUCGCUCACUUCUUUGAUGUUGCCAUCACAAACUCCUGGAUCCAGUACAAGUCUGACAGCAAUGCACUCAAACGUCCAGUGAAGAACACAGAGCAGUACUUGGAUUUUAAAUUGCACCUGGCUGAGGAGUUGUUGGAUAGUCCAGAACUUGAUGGGGACAGUGAAGACAGUGAAGAUGGUGAAGACUACGAACCACCAACCAAAGUGAGAAUCCAACAACCAGAGCCAUCUGUGCGAAAAGUAGGAGCUGUGCAUAUGCCAGAAAUGAUGGAUAUCAAACACGCAGAGAGGUGCAGAAACAAGGGCUGCAAAGGGAAGACGUACAUGAGGUGUACAAAAUGCAAAAUGUUUCUGUGCAUCACAAAGAAGAGGAAUUGUUUCUUGAAGUAUCAUCGUUGAAAAGAAAGGAAAAUGCAAGAAAACAAAAGGAGUUUCAAAUUAGCCUAAACAAACAUGUUCAGAAGGAAUUUCAAAUUACAGUACACUUGUUCUUUGUGUAACAAUAUUGUUCAUUUUCAUGUUAAAGCUUAUAUUAUUUUUUCAUCAUUUUUUACACAAAAAUAGUCCUAUUGUCCUCCACAGUGGACAUACUGUAAAAUUUAAAUAAAAACAAAAUUUGAAAAAAAUUUAAUUGUAAGUUGUUUCUUUCACCCCCAAUAGUUAGAAAAU